GUUCUCCAUCCUCGCCAUUUUGCAGUGUGAGAGACAGAGGCCACUUUUUACUGCUACAGGAUAAAGCACCGUUUUUUUAUUUUUAUGUUUUGAGGCCAAAGAUCACUCAGAAUUGCCGAAUCAGUAUGGAAGACAGCAGUGGAGUUGCCAUCCUGCUCCCCCUCUCUAGAGGCCAACAGGAGACUGUCUACAUCCCUGAAAGGGUGGAAACGCCUCCAGGUACCCUGAUGGAGCCUAGGGAUGAUGACCAGAGGCAGCAGCAGGCUGCAGACUCCCUCAUCGAGGUGAUCGAGAAGCUCAGCAAGAUCGUGGAGAAGCGCCCACGUCGAUGUACCCUGGCUGGGAAGAAGAGAGCCCUCAUGUCCUGUGCCUCCAUCAGAGUCCCAGAGAUCAGGGAGGGCAGUGGUGGGUCCUCCCCCUGCAAGAGAGUCCGGGAGUUGGAGGAAGAGGUGAAAGAGGAGGAGAUCAAGCCAGACAACAGUGCCCCUGCUGGCAGCAGUAGGACCAUCACCUGCUACCAGUGCAGCCUGUGUCGGUUCCUGUCCCCGACCUUGAGCCUGCUGAAGGAGCACCUGCGGCAGCACGAUGAGCAGCACAGUGACCUCAUCCUCAUGUGUUCUGAGUGUCGCUUCACCUCCAGCCACCAGGAGGAGCUAGAGGCACACGUCAGGCUCCACUUUGACUGCAGCAACUCCAACAAGAACCCUGUAUCCAGCCAGCAGGCCAGAGAGGGGAAUGAGGACUUGGGGAUGGGGGGUAGUGUGGAGGACGUUGUGUGCAAAACCGCAAUGGACUGUGCUGAGGAGAUCCCUACUAAGAAGAAGUGGUACAGCUAUGAGGAGUCUGGGAUGUACCACUGCCUGAUCUGCAGCUAUGUGUGUGGGCAGCAGCGAAUGCUAAAGACUCAUGCAUGGAAGCACGCAGGUCUGGUGGACUGCUCUUACCCGAUCUUUGAGGACGAGGCAGUGGCACCUUCCAGACAAGAAGCACCAGCACCUCCUGUAGCUCCUCCUGCAGAGGAAGCCAUAGUGGUCCUCACCCCUGUCCCAGAGAACUCUCAGAACCUCAACAAGAUGUCCACCUUCCAGAUUGGCCUCUGUGCCCCUGUGGCAGAGUGUAGGAAUGAGGCCAGGACAGAACCAAUCAUAGCCUCUCCACUGGGCUCUCCUCUAUCUAAAGACUCAGAGCCAAUGUUGGAGGUACAGGUGACCACAGAGACAGAGGUGGAACUUGUGCAGGACUGUCAUCAAAUUACAAGCACAACAGACAGCCUCCUGUCAUCAGCCCAGAAGAUCAUCAGCUGCAGUCCCAACAGUGCCGGCCAUGUCAACGUCAUAGUGGAGCGACUGCCAUGUGCAGAGGAACCCGUGGCCACCCAGCCCCUCCUCCCCAGUCCAGAGGUGGGCAGAGACGAGAGCCUGCUGGCUGCAGAGGAGGCGGGCCAUGUGGAGAACCAGCCAAUGCUUGCUUACAAGGACGAGCAGCAGGAGGUGGUGAUUUGCUGGAGCAACAGCGAGAGGCAGCAGACCACCACGGACCCUCCGCGUGACGAGAACGCUCCCCCAGCCCGCAGGAGGACCCACUCUGAGUCUCUGAGGCUGCACUCCCUGGCUGCUGAAGCUCUGGUGGCCAUGCCCAUGAGGACCGCAGAGCACAUCAGGAGCAUCGUGGGUCAAUGCUCCCAGAGCCCUGACACGGGCCAGAGGCUCCUGGAGAUGGCCACGGCUGCAGCAGUUUUAGCCGACAGAGCCCCUGCAGCAGUAGAGGAGCUGGCAGGAGUGGGCAGCGUGGGGUCAGCCCUGGUAGACCUGGAGCUACAGGGGUCCAGAGAGUACGGGCUGGCUGAGGGCCCCACCAAGGCUGGCAUCAGCCUGUCCCUGCUGACGGUCAUAGAGAGGCUGAAGGAGCGCUCGGACCAGAACGCCUCAGACGAGGACAUCCUGAAGGAGCUCCAGGACAACGCCCAGAGCCAGCACGCCGUGGAGGUCAGCGCCUGUGGAGGGGGGGACCCGGGUAACCCUGGUGGGGGUCUGGUGGACUACAUCCCUGGCAGCGAGAGGCCCUACCGCUGUCGCCUGUGUCGCUACAGCAGUGGGAACAAGGGCUACAUCAAGCAGCACCUGCGAGUACACCGCCAGAGACAGCCCUAUCAGUGUCCCAUCUGUGAACACAUCGCCCUGGACAGCAAAGAUCUAGAGGGCCACAUGAUCAACCACUGCAAGACCAGGGUGUACCACUGCAAGCAGUGUACUGAGGCCUUCUAUUACAAAAGUCAGCUGAGGAACCACGUUAGAGACCAGCACGGUUUGGGCGACACCAACGCAACACUAACCCCUGUCACUGAAACCACGGCAACCAUGGAGGAAUCUGAAAAGAUGACAAAUGACGAUUCCAUCAGUUCGCAGAAGGUGUACAGAUGUGAUGUGUGUGAUUACAGCAGCUCCACGUACGUUGGAGUCCGGAACCACCGGAGGAUCCAUAACUCUGACAAGCCUUACAGGUGCUGCAGCUGUGACUUUGCCACGACCAACAUGAACAGCCUGAAGAGCCACAUGAGGAGACAUCCCCAGGAGCACCAGGCUGUCCAGCUACUGGAGCAGUACAGGUGUUCACUGUGUGGCUAUGUGUGCAGUCACCCUCCGUCCCUCAAGUCUCACAUGUGGAAGCACGCUGGCGAUCAGAACUACAACUACGAGCAGGUGAACAAGGCCAUCAACGAGGCCAUCUCCCAGAGCGUCCGUUCCCCCAGUGCCCCACAGAAGGUUUCAGCAGUGGGGGAGGCAGUGGCAGAGCAGUCUGGUGUGGUGCAUUGUGGGAAGAAGGAGAGGGUCUUUGUGGACCCAGCCCCCCUAGCAGAGGUUCCUGUGGACAGUGUGUUUGGCGGUGGCUCAGGGCCAACAACAGAGCUCAUCCAGUGGUCCUCCAGAGAGCAGGCCCCACAGAGCGACAACCCCCAGCACAGCCCCCAAGGGAAGGAGGGGGUCCAGUCCCGGGCCGGCAUGGAGUAUUGUGUGCUGCUGUUCUGCUGCUGUAUCUGUGGCUUUGAGUCUACCAGCAAGGAGAGACUGAUGGAGCACAUGAAGGAACAUGAGGGAGACAUCAUCAGCAUCAUCCUGAACAAGGAGCAGCAGGGAGCAGCCCAACCAGCAGAGGGCAGCACAGCACAGUGAGACAGCAUUUACCCCUCCCCUUACCCCAACAAAGAACCAGGAACCUACCCCCUCACUCACACUGAGUCUGAUUUUAACAGGGAAGUACUGUACCGUGCAUCUUGUUUUCUGGUUCUUAAUUUUAUGAACUUAACAGAAGGUUACAAAAAGUGUAUCAGUUGGAGCUCAGACACAGAAAAUUGGAAAACUCCCAUUUCAAGGCGUUGCAGUAAAAUGUUCUACCUGAACAAGUUCAGACACGUUUAAUACCUCAGAAAACAGACAUUUCCAUAUUUUCAAAUGGAACUCAGUCCAUUCUACUCAGCAAACAUAUAUUGACCACAUGGCAGCUUUUGUAUUAAAAUACUGUAAUAUAAUUUAAUAUAUUUAAUCCUUCACAUUUAUAGUUUAUCUGUGGCACCUGCACUAGGCUAUACAGAGAUGCCAUCUACUUGCAUGUUGUGUUCAUCUUAGCUAUAUUCAAAAUGGGUUAAUACAACCUGGUCUCAGAGCAUUUCGUAUGAUUUUGUACCUAAAUCUGAGACAAUCGAUAUUUUGUACAUUUGUAACGGCUAAUGUUAGCCACCUAGCUAGAAUUCGUAACGUUGCAUACGUUUUUAGCAAUUUCAUAACAUGUUGUACGUUUAGCAAAUUCAUAACAUGUUGUACGUUUUGCAAAUUCAUAACAUGUUGUACGUUUUGCAAAUUCGUAACAUAUAAUACAAAUUGUAGUUCUUAACAUAUCAUUAUGAAAUGGAUGAUUUACUUCCACAAAUUAAUACAUACCAUACAAAAUGUACAAAAUGUAACACAUCAUACUAAUUUGAGUGUCCUGGAUUUACGUUUACGAUGUUACGUCUAGUCUAUGAGACCAGGCUGGUUAAUAAUAUGUAUCAAUGUAGGCCUAUGCAUGUUGGUUUCCGUUAUGUCGGAGCAAAGGAAAAGCCUUAUUUAAUUUAAUUCACUGUUUGAUUCUAUUUUGACCUAUUGGACCUCUGGUACGUUUAUGGUAAUGAUGGGCCACUUGAGGGUGGUUUCCUAAAGCUGUAGGAUAGAUAGGCUGGUAACAAGUUGUUGUUUUACCAACAUUCACCACGGCGUCAAGGCUUCUUGAGGCAGAAAUCGGUUAGGGAGGAAUUUCUACGGUACGAUCAGUCAAUUAUGGUGCAUAUUAGUGGUCAUUUUAGACCCCGCCGUUAUGGUCGCGAGAUGGUAAAUGGACAAUCAUUGAACUUUGAUUGCAGCCAACACCCAACUGUGUCUAGCUUCGGCUACGUAUUACUGUUCUGAUUACGAUAAUCAUUUCUAGAUUCAUGUUUUAGCUCAACAAUUGCCAAGUUGAUCACUUGACUAUGGUAAGCAGUUCCCAAAGUUUCUCCACAUAGGCCUAGCACUUGUCGAUAAUGGAUGGCGGGAGUGAUUGACAUCCUAGCACAGAGCGGUGUGCUAGUAUAGUAAACCUAUGAAUGAACCUGCUAUUCCUAUCUCUGUGUGCUGUGUUGACCAAUAGCGGAGGGUGAUAUAUAUGACCAGCUUUUCAAGUAAUGGGGCCUAUAGGCUACUGUAGACUGACAUUGGAUAUGGUGUUUUCCCGUUUGACUACCUCUGCUAAUGUAUUUCCAAACUUCACUCGCUGCUCCAGUUAGUUUCACACUAAACAUGCUUUGGUAUGCAGAGUGGCGACUUGGAAAUAAUUUCCAUGCCCUUACUGUUUUUAUGUAGACAGAUAGGUGUAGGAAAUUAUGAUCAAAUUAAAUAUCCAUAAUUCGAGGGAUUUCUGGGUUUGUGUAGCUCAAUGUGUCAAAUAAAUGAAAUCGUUAUCUUCUGCACGCUGAAAUUCUCAUUAUAAUGGCAGAUUAUUCCCAUGUUAAUUUACAAUUCAAAGUACUAACGUCAGGAAGACCGUGACGGUCUGCAUUUAAACCGCACUUAAUUCCCCCACCCCCCAUUUACAUAGUUAGCAUUUUAAUGAGUGGUUCAGUGAAUUAAAGCAAGAGACAAGCAAGCAGAACCACAUGCUGAUCAUAGGCCACUUUCUGCUACUUAUAAUCUAUCUGGGGGGGUUUGUAUGAUUCUGUUUGUGGACGUAUGUUAGUGCAGCUUCUUGCUGUGUCUUUCUGAAAGCCUAAUGAUCGUCUUACCUAUGCACACCAUGAGACAGAGGGGACACGGUGGGAAAGGGAACUGACUAGUGGCCUAAGUGAAUUGAUUGGUGGUUGUGGGUCAGAGGUGCAAAUAGUUUUGGGUAGAUCUAACGUCGUAUUUCUUGUGGGAAAGCUUCAGGUUAUCUGAAUGUUCAUUUGACCCAUGCAGAGUUGGCUAAAUGUCAUUUGUGAAGCCAGUUUAUUCUUUCAGGAGGGCUUAGCCUUUUGUUUGUUUGUGUUCCCGUAUUUACGUUGUCACGUGUGGGAACUUGAAGCCUUAGAUCCAGGACUAAAUCUGUUUGUUUCAUGAGUGUUGCAGCUGUUAACUCAAACCGGUGCGCCUGGCACCUACUACCAGACCCCGUUCAUAGGCACUUAAAUAUUUUGUCUUGCCCAAUCCCCCUCUUGAGUGGCACACACACACAAUCCAUGACUAAAUUGUGCUAAUACAUUUGUUCUGUAGUUUAUGUCCAGUCUGCUGGUGAAAUUGCAUACUCAAUUAGAUAUAUUACUAUGCUUAUUUAUCUCUUAUACUACUUGUUAUUUGUCUAUUUGAUUUGGAAAUGUUAGAUUUCAGAUGGUGAUGCAUCCAUGUGAGUCUACCACUCUGGCUUUCAUUUCAGAAAUUAGGCGAUGAACUGACAUGAGAACCUGGAUGGGAGGGAAAGGUUCUUAUAGGGUGUGUGACAUCUGAUGUGGAUGAUUUUGACAUGUUCUUUGUUUGACUUAACCAACCCUUAACCCAGGUCCCUACUCAUUCAACUACAGGGUGCCAUGUGAUGCGUAACCGUCAAUAGAUUGUGCAUUUUCAAAGACAUUUUUAAUGUGCUAUUUUUGCUCAUCCUGUCAACGUUUGUGCCUUCUUUUUUUUGGAGUCUCUAAGAGAGUCUCUCGUAGUCAUUAGCUAGCUAUUUGUUAUAGGCUAUGUCUGCCCGCGGGUGCUGUUGUGCGCCCAUCUGUUCAGAAUGAUAAUCCAAGGAGUUCGUGGGUGUUAUCCAGUCAAAGCUGAAUAGCCUCUGUAACGCCAACCCCUUGCUCUGUGAUGUAUCCCACACACUGGUUGGAGCAACGUUGUUUCCACAUUUCAAUAAAAUGACAUUGAACCAACGUGGAAUAGAUGUUGAAUUGACGUCAGUGCCCAGUGGACUGGGUCUGUACAUAAUUAGUUGAAAUACUGUAGUAUUGCAAACUGACAUUUUUUUUAAUAAUCUAUUUUUUAAAUAUAUUGUAAAGAAAAAACACUAAGUCCCAUGUUUUUUUUGUUGCUGAAAUAAAUACAUUUGCUAAAAUGUUGGAAAAUGGGUGUGCUUUUUAAUUGGCUAUAUAAUGUAUUUGCGGGGAGUGUUUUUUUUUUUUUUUUUACACUGAGCUGCAUGCAUUUCGAGCCAAAGGAGAGAAGGUGAUAUCUCUCACUUUUUACUGUUAAUCAACGCUGUUCAGUGCUUAACUUGUUUCAAGUUCAGUGUGUAUUUGCUCCGUAGGCCACAGAGCGAUGCUUGCUAUCUAUUUAUUUUGUGCAUCAUAGACAGUUAUGUCAUAUCUUUGUCAAUGUAUUUUUGUAAUAAAUACUUUGUGGAUGAA